AUGACAGACAUCGUGCUCAGAACUAAGUGCAGGAGAAUGAAUGCACGAAGAGAAGACAAAGUAAAGAUUGGAAGUGAAGAAGUGCAAGAUGUAGAAAAGUUUGUCUAUCUAAGAGCGACUGUGAAAAAGGAUGGUGGAGGCACUGAAACCUCUAAGCAAGGCACGAGGAGUAUUGAUGGGGAGGGGGGGGGGGCGGGUAACCCACGGGAAUUUGACUUUUUGAGGCUUUACCUGGGUAGGGAUUUUAACGUCCACAGCAAUCCCCUGGGUGGGAAAUUUGACUCUGUCGCCAUCUUGGAAAGUGGAGAGGGCCUGGGGGCGAGCGGCCAUCUUGUAAAAAGCCCAGAAGUCAUUUGGAUGAGCUUCCCGCGUUUUUGCUGUGCUCUUCACAAUGGCAGAACGGAAGAGAAAACGACAACCUUGAGGCUCAAGACUUUUAAUGCACCUAAACGGAUAAAUACAACCAAUUAGUUAGCAAUUAAUAUUCUGAAAGCGCGACGAAGAGGCGGGAAACAGAGGUCAUUCAAGGUUGGUCCGUCUUUGUGUUUGCCUACCGCUUUAGCUUAUGUUAAGG